UCUAAAUACUAUUGUCGAUAUAAUUUAAGAGGUCAUCUUUGACAACUGUCAUGUAAAAAAAGCUGAUUUGUACUUUGGUGGUAAGCUUCGAAUCCUCAUGCAUAAGAAACUCAUGCAUAAGAAACGGUCUUAAACCCUCGGGCCACGAAUAUGCACACAUCUACUCGUACUAACUUAUUACAUGCCUGCACUUUUGUUUAUUAAAACAGUCAAUCCAUUAAUUUAGAGGACAAUAAAACAAUGGAACAGUAUGAUAUGUAUCACAAAUGCGUAGGUAUUUAUAUUGACUGUAUCAUACGUUGAUAUUGUAAUACUAGCUUCUGCUCGCGGCUUCGACCGCGUUCUCGUGGAUUAAUAGUAUACUAUCACCGAAGUCAGCUCAUACCCUGUCUGUAUACCAAAUUUCGUCAAAAUCUGAAAACCGGUUUAGUAGUUUUAGCGUGAUUAACGAACAAACAUACAAACAAAACCUUCACAUUUAUAAUAUUAAUGUGACAAAUGGAAUUAACAAAUGGAUUGAUACUCCAAUAAAAUUAUCAUCAAAAAAUAGAUGAAUGCGUGGAGUAACGUCCAUGUAUUUAUGUUAUACUCAGUUUCAAAACGUCAUUUCCAUUCACCAUGGACAGAAUAAAAACAUUUUUACUCUCAAAAAAUGUUCUAUAUUUUCAAUUAAUAUCGGGAUUAUACUUUAAAUGCAGUUCUUCUAAAUCAAUUUGUAUUUUGACAAAACUAUAUUGCGUAUCACUGUGUGCUUUUGUUGUUGUCAGUUUUACCAUAGAAGCGCUUAAUGGUUUCGACACGAUUGUUGAUUCUCUUUACAAUAUAUCUUUAUUCAUAGCAUUCAUAUUGAAUAUAUUUAUAUCUCUAAUAACAGAAGAGUUACCAGUGAUUAAUUUUUCUAAUUCUGUGUCGUAUUUAGCAAAGAAAAAUAGAUCUUAUGCAUCACAUGUUAUGGUGUUAGUGUUUUUUAUAGGAUAUGCUACAGCUUUAUCGAUUGGAGGUACAGAGGGAUUGGAGAUAAUCCCUUAUUCUAUAUGUUUAUAUCAGUCUAUUGUAUGUUAUAUAGGUCGAUUAACCUUUAUUUAUGUUUCGGAUAAAUAUAGGCUAGUAGCUAACAUUUUGUCCAAAUCUUUGGAAAAUAAUUUAAAAGAUAUGAGUAUGAAUGAUCGAGAAAAAAUGAGGCAUGUAGAAGAAUUUAUUAACAAUUUUAUUAUAUUGACACGAGAGUUAAAAUUGACUAAAAACUGUAUGAGAUUAAAGGUGAGUCGCACAUCUAAUUGUUAUAUUUUCAUCGUAUUAUUAAUUAGUGUGCAAGUUUGUUUGUUUUAUUGUAUGGAUGUUUUUCCAUCAAUCACGCUGAAACUACUGAACGGAUUUUGAUGAAAUUUAUUUAUUUUUGUAUACAGACAGGGUAUGGGCUGAAUUAGGUGAUAGUAUACUUUUUAUAAGAAGACAGGAACCCGAACGAGGCCACUGGCAAAAGCUAACGUAAUAAAUAAAUGUUAGUUACCGUACUCUGCUGAAACGGCUUUACUGAUUUUUAACAUAAACAUGUAUUCAGUAGGUCUGAGAAUCGGCUACUAUCUAUUUUCUAGAAAUAAUUUAUAAGAUAAGAUAGCGUUUGCCGGGUCAGUUAGUGAAAUAUAAAAAUUUUAAGAAAUUCAGAAAAUUAUUUGAUUUUCAUUUUAUCUGCGAUUUUUGUUUCAGACAAUGCUGGCUUUAGAAUGUGAUUGUUUGCGAACACUCGUUACGAUAUAUGUCUUCAAUACCGACUAUGACAUGUCUUCAGAAAUUGUAUUCAGUUGGAUAGUAGAACUGCUAAUGUUUAUAGCGGCAUCUUUAUUGCCAUCUGUCUUAAUGGAACGAAACGCUAACGAUCUAGAUGACUUGAAAGCAGUUCUUUCAGAAGAACUACUUAUUUGUGAAGACAAACAUCUUCGAGAAAAAAUACACCAUGUGCUACGAUAUAUUGAUGCCUGUUCAGCGACAUAUACGGUCUGGAAUGGAUUCCCUUUGAACAUAUCUCUAACGUUUAGUUUUAUAGGUGUAUGUGUUUUAUAUUUUAUUGCUUUGUUGCAAUUUACAUUCUAAUUUCAUCUUAAUUAAGAAUGUAUUUCAAUUAUAUUUGUGUUACGAUUGAAAUAAACCAAAUAUGUCGAGUCA